GACAGGAGAGGAGACAAGACCAUGUGGCAGUUCCCUUCUCUGCUCUUCCUCUUCCUCCCAGGAAGCUGCACUGCUCAGGAUUCAGUCACAGGUCCAGAGGAGGUGAGUGGUCAGGAGCAGGGCUCCUUGACAGUGCAGUGCCAAUAUACUUCAGGCUGGAAGGAUUACAAGAAGUAUUGGUGCCGAAGAGAUGGUUUGAGAUCAUGUGAGAUUCUCAUUGAAACUGAUAAAUCAGAGCUGUUCGUGAAGGAGAACCGUGUGUCCAUCAGGGAUGACCAGACAGCCUUCAUCUUCACGGUGACCAUGGAGGAUCUGAGGAUGAGUGAUGCUGGCAUUUACUGGUGUGGAAUUGUCACAGCUGAACUUGACUCUAUGUUUAUAGUUAAUGUGAACAUUAACCCAGCCCCAGAAAGUUCAACUAUGACCACCGUAGCCACAAAUCUGACAGCCACACCAACAACCGUCGAGAACACUGGCAAGGAACAAGUGACUCAGAACAGCUCCCACAUCAGGUCCCUGCUGAGCAACAUCUACGUCCUGCUGAUGGUCUUUGUGGAGUUACCCGUGUUCCUGAGCAUGCUCAGUGCAGUCCUCUGGGUGACCAGACCUCAGAGAUGCUUUGGGGGAGGUGAAAUUGACCUGGUGAAGACCCAUAGUCCUGUUGCCUAGGAUAGACAGAAACACUUCCCAGGAGAUGGAAAA